AUGGCGGCGGCGGCGGCAGCGGCUGCGACGACUAGCGAGCGCGGCGCGGCGGUGCUCGGCCCCGGCGAGCAGAGGAGGAGAGGGAGGGAAGAAGAGGGAGCAGAGGAGGUGCGUCGGUGGUGGAGCAAGGCCAGGGCGGCAUCGACUUGGACUGCGUCAGCUUCGGCGCGGUACUGCAGGCCUCGUGCCGGCCUUGGUCGUGUCCACGCGCGGCGCGAGAAGCAGAGCAGAGGGGGGAGAAGGGGGAAGAAGCAGGUGAAGGGAAAGAGUAGAAGGAGAGCAGAGCAGAGCACGGCAAUGGCGGCGUCGUUCGUCCCAGCUUCCCCCGGCAACCUCAACGCCCUCGUGAGCUCACCGGCGCCGGCCAUUUAUAGGCGGCGUGAGGCGGUUAGCCGGGAGAAAUAUCUCCGGCGGCCAGCGGUGACGCUCGUACGGCAGCGGCGACGUGUCGACGGAAAUCCGGGAGGAGAUAAGGUUGCCAGCUGUGAAGAUAACAGAUAG